CACCCGCCUGUCUGUGUCAGUCAGAGGGGCCCCAGCUGGGGUUGGGGCAGAGAUGGCGGCCGCUCCAGUGCUGGUCUGGACUUAUCUUCUCUUAGGACUCCUGUCUAGGCUUGGAGGUAUUGUGGCCCAGCAGACGCUGUAUCCUCUCAUUGGGAGAGCCUUCAUUCAUACUUUGGAGCCUGCUAGCUUCCUGGGCCUGCCUGAUACUGGUCCCAGACCCAAUACUCUUGUCACAUUUCACGCCAACCUACUGGGGCAUCCAGAUUUACCUCGAUGGCUCCGCUAUACCCAGCGCAGCCCCAGUCAGCCUGGUUUCCUCUAUGGGACUCCUACACUUGAAGACAGAGGCCAACAAAUCAUUGAGGUCAUAGCCUACAACAGAGAGAGCUUUGAGACAACUCGACAGAGGCUAGUGCUGCUGGUAGGGGAGCCUGAAGGCCCCUCACUUCCGUAUGAAGCUGAAUUCCUGGUGCAAAGCCAUGAUGUGGAAGAGGUGUUGCCCUCACCCAUUGGCCAGCAUUUUUUGACUGCCCUGGGUGGACUCUGGGUGCCUGGGGAACUACAGUUACUCAACAUCACUUCUGCACUGGAUCGUGGGGGUCGUGUCCCUCUUCCCAUUGGAGGUCGAAAGGAGGGGUAGGCUUGGUGGGGGAUCCUUAUGGCACUUCCCAAUGACCUCCUGGUCUUUUUGAUGCUUAAAAACGUCAAGGAUGUAAGAUUUCAGUGUAACCAUUCCUCUCACUAAGCAUGGAGUUUUAAGUGACCACACACAAUUAACUACUAAUAUCAGCAGCAAGAAUAGAACAUGAGUCUUCCUGAACCCAGAUCCAGCAAACUAUCCAUUACAUCAUGUUGCCUUUUGCUCUCCCAAACUUCUCAUCAAUCAACUCCAGGGAAACUUCCUCUAAUAGUCUUGCCAUCCCAAUUCCCAUUUCUUUGAAUAAAAGAGAGGGAAGAAGUACUUAGUUGUUAAAUUUUCUAAUUCACCAACUUGUCCUCCCCUCUCUAACCCUUUCUAUAUAUCUCCCUCAGGGAUUUCCGUCAGUCUCCUGGUCUUUUAAAAAUUCAAUUCAAUAGAAGAAGCUAGAUGACCCAGAGAUAGAGAUUGAGGCUUGGAAUUGGGAGCUCCUGGGUUCAAAUUUGGCCUCAGACACUUCCUAGCUGUGUGACCCUGGGCAAAGUCAC